AUGAGUACAGAAAACUUUCGUUUUUACAUCAAAACUCGUACUGCAUUUAAUAUUCAAGCAAGAAUUAUUCAUGAUGAAUUGUAUUCUGUUUAUGGUGAUCAAGCUCCUUCUCUUAGAACAGUGGAAAGAUGGUCCAAGUUAUUUCGUGAUGGUCGAGAAGAACUUGAAGAUACAGCACGACCUGGUAGACCUAUCACUGAAACAACAUCUGAAAACAUCGAACAGAUUCGUCAGCUUAUCGAUGAUGAUCCUUAUCUUACAAUAGAAGAGUUACAAGAGCAAACUGAUUUAAGUUACGGUACGAUUCAUCGAAUCAUCACCAAUCAUUUAAACCUUAGGAAAAUUACCGCACGUUAUAUACCGAAAGAUCUUACUGAUUUUCAACGGGCUGAACGAGUUCGAAUAUGUAAAGAAAACUUAUCAAAAUUUCAACAAGGAACAUGGCGAUUAUGUGACAUAAUUACUGGUGACGAAUCGUGGUUUUAUCAUAAACAGAUUGGUCGAAAGUCGUCAAAUGCAGCGUGGGUGACAAGAGGAGAUCCUCCACCUACUGUAGUUCGUCAAAGUAAGUAUGCUCCAAGGACCUUAUUAGCCAUCUUUUUCAAGUCGAACGGUCCUCUGCUUAUUCAUCGUUUGGAACGAGGACAGACUAUGGACCAUCGUUAUUAUAUUGAUAAUUGUUUACGUCCUCUUAUCGAUGAAAUUAAACGUCAAAGACCUUCAUGUGGAACCCAUGACAUUAAAAUUUAUCAUGACAAUGGAAAACCACAUGUUCAUAGGGAUGUGUGUACUUAUCUUGAAUCAAAAGGUUUUACAAUUAUGCCACAUCCACCUAAUUCUCCGGACCUAUCUCCUUGCGAUUUUUGGUUAUUUGACUUAAUCAAAGAUAAUCUGUCUGAUCAAAUAUCUGCUGUUGAAUUACUUAUUGCUAAUGAUAAAAUUAAACUUAUGGAAUUAGAUAAAAAAUUUGAUCAAGAAAUAAUUUCUUUUGGCUAUUUAAAAGAAUCUAUUGAAAUAAUUGCAUAUAUAUUAUUUAAACUUGAUAAUUUUAAGAAACAUUUACCUAAUAUACAAACAUCGAUUAUUGACCUCGAAGCCUGA